AUGAGCGAGACGACAACCACCGGUCGCAAGCGAGCGCGCUCCUCCCUGGAGGUAGAAGAGCCUCCUGCGGCCGACCAGACUCAAACUCAGACUGCUUCUUCCAUUCCCACGUCGUCGGUUCGCAUCUACGCGCUGCUUCUGCAUUUCAAUACCCUCAUCUCCAGCAGGGACGCGGUUGCCCACGUCACCAGAAAGACCCUUUUCACGGUCCUGCCCGCGACUGACAUCCGGCAGCCUCUUCUGGAGGAGCACAUCAUCCUGGCGUUUGCCAGAUCGCCCUUCAUUGCCGAGAUCGUCAGGGAGCUCUCGCUUCGCGACCUGACGGUCGAGGAGCAGGCUCGUCUAGCGGAAUGCUAUGUGCGCAUUUAUUAUGAGGAGGGCACGGCGAUGGUGCGUCUGGCUACUGGGGCUGAGCAGUUUCUCCGGGACGUUGCCGCGCUGAGGCAGAGGCAGGAGGAUCGCGAUGAUGGUGGUGGUGAUGGUGCUGGUGGUGGCGGCAAGAUGGCUAUUGUUGUCUUGGCCAACAACACUGUGGUCGCCGAGGAUAUGCUGAGCCGCCUUGGGGUGCGCGAUCUUGUCGAUGCGAUCCUACCGACCCGCAACCCCCAAAACCCGUCCUCCUUCACGUCAGCCGAGUCGACGUUAGUCUGGGAGCAGACGGUCGUUCCCUGGUUUGCCGAGUCUCGCGCCGCCAGUGCCAGCGCCGAUGUGAAGCCUCUGCUGCCGGAGCAGGCCGUCGUAGUUUCGAACGCAAUCUACGAUUUGUCCAUCGCAAAGGCUAUUGGAUGCAAGACGUAUUGGAUACGCAAAGUUAGUCCGAAUGCUUCCCUCGCCGUGCGUGCCGCUGCCGAGUUCACGUCCGUGGUGGAGAGCAUUGGAGAGGUUUGGACGGAGCUCUUUGCUGAGCAUCCGGCCGAGGGCAACAAGGAGCAGCCGGUCGGGAUUGCUGAGCAUCCUAUCGAGGAUCUCAAGGAGCAGCUGGGCGGGGUUGCUGAGCAUCCGACUGAGGAAAACAAGGAGCAGCCGGGCGUGAAUGAGGAUGAGGAAGAGGGGAAGAUGGAGGGAACAGAGGGCGAGAAUGAACAGGAACCGUGGAUCCUGUAG